GUGAGUGACCAAAGAGACUGAACAGCAGAUCUGUUCCUCACCUGGACAGGUGUAUCAAUCAAACCUGUAUGCUGGAGUAGAGGAGACCCAAGAAGAAGAAAGCCAGCAGUCAGAGACAGGAACAUGGGCAGUGGGAGUAGCAGUGCAACUGUUAACAGGACUUCUGCAGUUGCACCAGGGAUUACCAUGCUUCAGCUAAAGUCAGACAUGGGCUCAGCCUUCAUCCAGACACAGCAGCUCAAUGCUGCUAUGGCUGAGACUUUCCUGGAACACAUGUGCCUGCUGGAUAUCGACUCCGAGCCCACCACUGCACGCAACACCGGCAUCAUCUGCACCAUUGGGCCAGCCUCUCGAUCUGUGGAAACGCUGCAGGAGAUGAUCAAGUCUGGAAUGAACAUUGCUCGCUUAAACUUCUCCCACGGCACACACGAGUAUCAUGCAGGAACCAUCAAGAACAUUCGUGAGGCCUGUGAGAGCUUUGAGCCUGGCAGUAUCCAAUACAGGCCUAUUGGCAUUGCUCUGGACACCAAGGGCCCAGAGAUCAGGACUGGCCUCAUUAAGGGAAGCGGCACGGCUGAGGUGGAGCUGAAGAAGGGUAACAUGAUCAAGAUUACCUUGGAUGACGCUUACCAGGAGAACUGCAGUGAUGAAAUUCUCUGGCUCGACUACCAGAACAUUACCAAAGUUGUGGAAGUUGGCAGCAAGGUCUAUAUUGAUGAUGGACUCAUAUCCCUGCAAGUCAAGGAGAUUGGCUCUGAUUAUCUCAUUUGUGAAAUUGAGAAUGGUGGCACCUUGGGCAGUAAGAAAGGAGUCAACCUCCCUGGUGCUGCUGUAGACCUUCCUGCUGUUUCAGAGAAAGACAUCAAAGACCUGCAGUUUGGUGUGGAGCAGGGAGUGGACAUGGUCUUUGCCUCCUUCAUUCGCAAAGCAGAAGAUGUGCACGCUGUCCGGGCAGUGCUAGGAGAGAAGGGCAAAAACAUCAAGAUCGUCAGCAAGCUCGAGAACCACGAAGGUGUACGGAGAUUUGAUGAAAUCAUGGAGGCCAGUGAUGGUAUCAUGGUUGCCCGAGGUGACCUGGGCAUUGAGAUCCCUACAGAAAAGGUCUUCCUUGCCCAGAAAAUGAUGAUUGGUCGCUGCAACAGAGCUGGCAAGCCAAUCACCUGUGCCACUCAGAUGUUGGAGAGCAUGAUCAAGAAGCCUAGACCCACCCGUGCUGAGGGCAGUGACGUAGCCAAUGCGGUGCUGGAUGGAGCUGACUGUAUUAUGCUCAGUGGGGAGACUGCCAAGGGAGACUACCCUCUGGAGGCAGUACGCACACAGCACAUGAUUGCCCGUGAAGCCGAGGCAGCCAUGUUCCAUCGGCAGGUGUUUGAGGACCUGCGUCGUUCCACGCCGCACUGCAAAGACCCUGCUGAGGCCAUUGCAAUCGGUGCUGUCGAGGCCUCCUUUAAGAGCUUGGCCUCUGGGAUCAUUGUGCUCACGGGCUCUGGAAGGUCCGCCCACCUGAUCUCCAGGUACAGGCCUCGUGCCCCAAUCAUUGCUGUGACCCGUAACGCUCAAACGGCUCGUCAGGCCCACCUGUACCGCGGCAUCUUCCCUGUCCUCUACACCAAACCAGCACACGAAGUGUGGGCAGAGGAUGUAGACUUGCGUGUCAACUUUGCUAUGGAAAUGGGCAAGGCCAGAGGCUUCUUCAAAGAGGGUGACGUUGUCAUCGUGUUGACCGGCUGGCGUCCUGGCUCUGGUUACACCAACACCAUGCGUGUGGUUCUGGUGGCCUAAACAGCCAGGAGGGCCUGCUCUGCUUUCUCCCUUUCAUCUAUCUUUCAUAGCGUUCCAACCCCACACCUCACUCCUGCUCACAACCUUUGUAAUCCACACACUGGGGCUCGCAUCCUCUACGAUUCAGCAAUUUAGCAUUUGGGAAAUGAUCCAAAGGGUUUUUAAGAUGUACACCCCUCAUGGUUGAGAUUUUGAGUGGGAGUGGAGUCUUGUUUCGCACAGUUCCACUUAUGUUCCAUUCCUUUUACAUUCCCUAAAUCAAACCAGUCUUCAGGGCCUCAGAUUAAUACACCCUGACCAGAAACUGCUGUAUUUAUUCACUCAAACACUUGUAUGAUUAAAAGUUAAAUUGUCUGAGUGAAUGCUUCUUGGUCUGUGUGCAUGUGCGCAUCGACUCAUGUUUAGCUGGGGUUAGUGGUGGGGCCAGCUGACCUUAACAGAGCACCUAAUAGCACUCCUCAGCUGGUUAAAUGAACAAAGUAGUGGCAUCCUAUGGGCUCCUCCCACAGUGCAGUGGCUCCACCACUCCACCCAAACAGAUCCUGCUCUAGUGCUGUCUAUAUGAAGUGUCCUCAUUUGCCAGCUUUCACUGUAUUACAGUGUAUAUGUAAGUGUCGCACUCCUAAUCUACUCCAGACAAUGUUACAUUCGAUAUUAUACUUGAGUCUUGUGAAUGGUGAGCUUCUGUUUUGGGACAUCCAAUACUACUUAUAUUUUGACUGCCUAUAGAAAGUUAGUCUUGGAUGUCUAAUUCAGAGGUAGUUGCUGUGUUUGUGUUAUUAGUUGUGUCAAAGCCUUUACAGUUACAUUUAGAUUAUAUCAAAGCUGGCGCCUAUGGGGGGAAAAAAACGUGUGUUUGGCUAAAGAUGACUCAUGUGACUGAGUAUAUUUAGGGCUUUUUAUUUUUUUUUUGGUAGAUGAUGUAAAGAUGAAGCCCUGACCCUCACAGUCAAAGCUGGCGAUGGGUAGAGUCCCUCUGUUUCUCUAUUUAUGUUGGUGACACUGUAUCUUUCCAUGUGUGUAACAUGCUUUUGAUUGUAAUGCUAGAGUGUAAGAACUAACAAAAUGUAAAGGGGUGUGAUGCUUAGCUGGUGUACUGAGCUGUCCAACAAGACUGAGUUCCAUCAAUAAAAGAGAUGAGCACCUAUCUAAA